AUGACUACCAUUCAACAAAAAACAUUAUCUUAUCAACAAACAACUUCUCUUAAAGAAGAAACAAAUAUUGAAAUUGUCUCUUAUGCUGGUGGCGAGUAUUGCUAUUCAAUUGCAAUAGAAAAGCCAACUAAAAGAAAAUGGUUUUUUACUGCUCCUGAUUGGAGGGAAGCUUGUAAUGGUUUGAAUCUUGAAGGGAAAUGCAAAAAUCCCUCUUGUAAUGCUUACAAAAAACUAGUCAUUCAUCAAUGGGGCUUUAAAAAUUCUGGUCUUUUUAGUUAUCAUGAUAAUUCCCAUAAAUGUAAAUAUCCUCUCUAUAACAAACAUCUCAAACCUAUUACUUGUGGUUUUGCUAAUUGUGAAUGGAAAAUAACUGGUUCUAAGAGAGAUGAUAAAGAGGAACCUCCCAAAAAAGUUAAUAGUGGUUGGCAAAUUGCUCUUGAUAAUGGAUAUACUACUUUUGAAGACAAUCUUGUUGAUCUUGCUAUAUGGGAUAACCUUCAAAUUGAAGUUAAAACACUUAGCAAAAAAAGAGCUCAAACACAAGCUGAGUCAUAUCUUUAA